GCCUCGCCUUCAAACAACGUUUAACGAAGCUAUGCUUGAUCUUUUCUCUACGCAGCAAUUACACACAGUAUACUCACGCAUGAUUUGCAAGAUGAGCCACGCACAAUCCAGACUACCGGUUUAUAGCUACCCUUGAAACGAAUAUGGACGAAGGAUCAGCGGAGGGACAAUAUUUUCGCCGAUCGCGAGGUGUGCCAUUCAACGACUGUCCAAACAAUAGUUUUUGCAAUACCGUUGCCUACGAACAACAACAGAGUUCGGUUUUCCAUUAAACCAAACGGCAAGGAUUCUGACGUCAACGCGCGAUGAGGCUUCGUCUCCCCCCAGGAGAGCCGGCUUCAUGGUUGGAUGUCCUCGGCGCAGCUGCGACUUCUGAAAAGGGACGUCCCGGCGCGGCGCCCCUGACGCCGACGGCGACGACGAACCCGGGAAGACGUCGAUCACCAGUCUGUGAGAUGUCGUCGACACGAACGGACACUUUGUAGCCGCCCUCGUCGUCCACGCGUUUCCGUGUUUGUGUUUCGUUGUGUGAAGUUCGUGGAGAAUGUGCGGAUAGCGGAUACGUGCCGUGAACAGUCACCGCAGACAGGGUCGCGCGUCCUCGGCCUUUCCGGUUGGUAAGCUAUCGACAGGCAUUUGCGACCAUUGAUUCGCGACAACCUCUGCUAAGAGCUUAAAGAGCGAUCAGAACGAUAAGAAGAUCACAAGAUAAGAAACGAUAGUCUUAAAUCGAGAAAGAGCAUCGGCAUACUGGCGCAUUGCGAACCUUCAGACAGAACACCGCAGUCUCGGAGCGACAUUCUCGUACAACACCACGAACAGGGAACGUGAUUCGCUUGACAAUCGUCGAAACUCCUAAAGGGGAAAGUAUCGAAAGUAGGUUUCCCUCGAAAUUUUGGAUCGUCGCGUUAUCGAAUCGCCUGAUUGGACAUGGGCAAAUUUCUUAUCUAGAUGCAAAUUUUACAUGACAGAUAUAGUAGACGUCAUUUUUAUUGAUUUUCAAGCAAUACAGACGUAUAGAUUUAUUUUUCAGCGUUUCGAUAUAGUAAAUUAAAAUUCGAGCUGUAGAAUGAAAUCAUUACAGUUAUUCAAAUAUAAAUUGCGAAUGACGAAUAAACGAUAAACGAUUUUGUAUACAUUAUUUCUUUAAUAAAAGUAACAAUCUCCAACUCGUACAACCAAAAUGAAUUUUACAUGAAAAAAAUAGUAAUUUAUUUCUAUAACAAUGUUUCUAUCCGUUAUCUAUUAUCGAGAUUAAACUCUGCCUAUCUUUGUCGUCGUAUCGCACCCGUGCCACGGUUCUGUUCCAACAAAUAUUCUCGGAAGAGUUUCCCAUCGUAUUCCCCUGCUUCCUGUCGCGAUUCGUCACUGUAGCUGUUCGCGCAUCGACGAAGAAUACAACUAUUACCGGCAUCGCAGGAUGUAAGAUCAUCGAUACCUAUUUUUAUCGUCUCGUUCGUCCGUCGACGAUCCACAGAUCCACUGCCAGCUGGCAAAAACGUCGCGAUUUCGUCGAAUCGUGGUGUUUUCUAACAUUUGUCACUUCGUUUGUUUAGAACAACCUUUCGCAAAACUUUUCGUGGGAUGUUAGCGUUUCGUUCGAUACGAACGAGUGUUUUGUGAAAAAUUAAAACGAAUAAUUAUCUUUAAAAAUGAAAUAGAUCUGAGCAUUAAUUAUACGUUUUCAUUUUGGAGAUCAAUACAAACGAAUGAAAAUACUCCGUGACUCGUCAGUUUAGGAGAGACUGGUUUAGCGGGAUAAUCACGAGCCGCCGCGGUUGUGCUUCCAGAUGUAAACAAGAAACCGCCCGAAUUGUUUUGCAUCGAGUUUCAAGUACCUGUCGAUAGAUAAGAGAACGUUAAAGGAAUACUUUUUCAUGGUUCAUGGUUCAUGGUUGCAUGGUUGCACGGUUGCACGAUCCCGACUCGAACCUCCAAAAUGAGACUCUUAACGAUGCGGUGGUACGCAUGUGAUCUAUUGUCAUGUUAGCCAAACGGCAAGGCACUGGGUUGGCGAGAAACGAGCCACGAAACGCCGUCCAACUCGACCACGAAUCGAUAAAGAGAAGCGUGGCUUCCCGGCGGUGGAGAAAUUCCAAAGUCUGACCACGCGGGUUUCCUUCCUGUGCUGUUACGGGGUGGAAAGGAAAAAGCUUUCGUCAGGAUGAUCACCUGCUGGAUCUUGACCGGCGUCUUUGGGACCAUCGUGUUGCUGUACGGCUUAAUAGAGAUUCACUACUUUCUGCGCAUGUUCUUCACCGUCUUCUUCGCGCGUUUCUGCAAGAAAAAGGUGCACAUUCUUGACGAGACAACCGUCUAUGGCAUUUGCACCACCACGGACGUGGAUACGCUCCUUUAUCACAUGAACAAUGCGAGGUACCUUCGCGAGCUGGACUUUGCCAGAGCAGACUUCUACGAGAGGACGAGUUUGUACCGCGAAAUCUGUUCCCAAGGAUCAGGUGUCGUGCAAGGUGCAGCGACCAUUCGUUAUCGUCGAUUCCUCAAGCCUCUAUCUAUUUUUAAAAUAACAUCAAAGAUCAUAUAUUGGGACGAGAAGUCGGUAUACAUGGAGCACCGAUUCAUCACCCCCAACGACGGUUUUAUCAGGGCCAUCGCGAUUUGCAAACAGAGAGUUCUGGACUGCAGCGCAGAGGCAGUUAUUGGCUCCCUCAUGGAACGAGGUGUCAAGCAGAAUGGCAGCGUCGAGGCGGGCGUGACUCAGAUACCUCACGUGAGGCCGCAGAUGCCACCGGAAGUAGCUAGGUGGCUGGAGAGCAACGAAAUCUCAUCGGCGCUUCUUCGUCAGGCCCCGGCAGUGACGACAAACUGCUGACAAAGAGAGGACACGCCGUCCACCGCGAACGGCGUUGUUCCCGCUACCGUCUGCGCGACCACAACUGUAUAAGGGUCGGGUGUUCGAUCUAUUUUAGAGAUCGCCUCUAAAGUGACUCGUGCUAUAGCUUUGAAUCAAUUUUUUAAGGACGAAACGGUGUGAACGAUCGUUACGCUUAAAACUUUUAUUGAUCGUACUCCUCGAUCGUCUCUACCCAAACAUUGAUUCAACGCGAAGAUCAGAAGCAUAAAUGUAUACACGGUGUCAAAGGAAGUACCUUCCGAUCAGUGGGAACCAAAAUAUAGAGUACAAAGACGGAUAGACGUGAAACUAUUUUGUUACACGACAGUGUGGUUUCCGAUCGUGACGUUGCCUCUUUACACGCGAAGAAUAAACGUAUCCAUGGACGAUCCUAUGCUUCAAUGGAUACCUCUAGGAAAUAUGUUACGAAAGCUGCCAGGCAACCGUAGAACCAAGUGCCAGAGUGACUUGAAAGAAGAUUGAAUCGAGGUCGAUAAAAAUGUACUUCGAUGGAGCUUCCAAAGCUUGAAAGAUCGCCUUUGUCGAAUAAUCUUUGUUAAAAGUUACCGUGAUACACGUGGCGUUAUUUACAUUUUUUAUUAUAUGCGCGAUUGGCGUCGGUAAUGACGAAGGAUAGCCGAAAUGCAACAAUCUGUAUUAUGAAAGCGUGGAGAUACCGGUGUUUAUAUGUAUUUAUAUUAAGUUGAACGCAAGAACUUUUUGUUCGACUUAAUAAAAUGCACUGGACGUGCCUUUAUAUAAAUCAUGAUAUUAUAUUUUCAGCUUUACGGUUGUCGUGCUUGUAACCUGUCCAAUUAUCGUCGUUUCAAUCCUUUCAUUGCAUUUUUAGCGUUAGAAUAUUUGUCGAAUCACAGUCGAAUCUGUAUAAUAUUUACGACCGAUUCUUUAAAUAGUACAUAAUAUUCGUUACCGACGCCAUUUGCACCGUUGGAUCCGUAAAGUUUAAUCCAUCGGAUUUUGGAUUAAAUCGGCAUUGUAGUACGAUUAAGUAGCCGACGACGUAAUCAGUUUCGACAGUUGUAGCAUUGCGCGCGUACGCGCUGGAAGACAUUACUAUACUUCUAGUUAAUAAUAAUGUCACUGUGUCAGAUAAUACUGUGUUGAUAAUCAUGUCGUUGAACCACUGUCCAGAAGAAGGAAUAAAUAUUCUUUAGAUGGGGA